CCACCACGUGCCGUGACGUCACAGCUGUCGUAGGAAGUCGCCGCCGCCGCCGCUGCCGCUGCCGCCGCCGUCCUCGCGCUCUCGACAACGACAACACAGGAGGGGGGGGGGGCACCACCAAUCAUGGGGGGCGUCCGACUCGAGAUCUUCCGCAUGAUGCUGUACCUGUCCUUCCCCGUCGCUAUGUUCUGGGUGUCGAACCAGGCCGAGUACUUUGAGGAGUACGUGGUGAAGAGGAAGAAAGAAAUCUUCCCGGCGAACGAGAGCAAGCAGAGGGAGGAGCUGGAGAGAUUCAAGCAGUUCAUCCAGAUGGAGCAAGCGAAGAAGCACGAAUGAGCUCCGUGGGAUUCCGUUCCGCACGGACUCCUCCGGAUCGCCCGCCGCGUGAUUUUCGCUCGACCGGACGAGUGCGCCUAUCGAAAUCUCUGUCAUUCGGGCCUUCUCCCCGCGGGCCUCUUGCGAGCGUCACCACGCGCGGUGGCCUCAUUUACCUUAGUCGGGCGACGCGGCCCCUCACGGUAGACGUGGGGCUUCCACAGCCGUACAAGCUGCGUCGCUCCCGUGUACGGGAUCGUCGCACCGUCUCGCUCCCGUGUACGGGGAGCGACUGCGUUCGCGAGUUGGUCAACGGCUGUUGUUGCUCAGGUCGCCCUCGUUGCUCUCGCCGAUCUCUGUGGGCCGCAGAGACCGGCGCGCAGCAAAUUGGCGGAGGAGAUGUAACGCGACGGGGGAAAAGUUGCCGGCGAAACCGCGGCGCUGCGGCUGUUGUGGCUUUGGCCGCUGCCGUGGCUACACGGUCGGUAAUCGUCACACAUUUGCGCCUACCGGGAAAGAAAAAAACCUUUUUUCGUCGUCGUGUUACGUUACCGCGGCUAAUCCGCUCUCCUGACCUUUGUGGUCUACGCAGAGCAGCUGGGCCGGGGCGACUCGAGCAACGGCCGGCGAGGGGAAGUUGUUGCUUAACGGGAACGGCCUCUCGUCGCGACGAUCGUCAUUGUAGUUUAAAUUGCGCUGGGCGGCGGCUCGCGCGGGCGAGACACGGAUUUCUUCCGUCGGUUGUGGGCUGAACGGAGGUGAUGGGAGGAUGACCCUCGUCGCCGCCCCUCCUGGCAGGCCGGGUACUGAAGUCGCCUUGUGCCGCCGCUGGGGGGGCGCCCUGUCAAGAGCGCGUCGAGACGAUGAGUGAAGUGUCUCGCUGCUGUGAUGACAUUGAUGGCGAUGACGACGAUGACGACGACGACGAUGAUGAUGUGCCCGCUACAUAAAGUGCCGUUUGCCCUCUUGAGACUUGCACCGAAUGGAUCUGUGACGCGGGUUCACGCGCUCGUUCGCUCGCUCGCUCGCACCCGCGCAUCCGUCCCACCGCUGCCGGUCUGAACCUAUUUGACGAUGCGUCGACAAAAGUUAUGAGCUUUGACACGUGCGCAGGCAGUGCCUCAUUCACGCGUGUCUCCACGUGAAUGCGAUAUAUUAUUGUUCCAUACCCCCAUCCCAUCAGCCGCACGCACGCACGCACGGCCUUCUGGGAGGGCAUCAUUUGAGCAGCAUUGGUUCAAUACGGGCACAUCUCUGGACGUGGUUUCGACAUGCCUUGUCUCACCGGCAUGAUAAGGUUUGCGCUGAAGCAGCGCUUGGCGAGAAGCGACAGCUGUGCGUAGGCGCCGUGGUCAGGACAUCUGCGAAAGAGCUUUACAGCCGGUCGGAUUCCUCCAGUGUCAACAUUGCCGAUUCUGGGACCGUUCGAUCUUGGGCCAACCCCUAAUUCGACACAACACGGUGAGCGGGCGUCGCUGGGGAGGACAGCAAAGCGGACAACCACAAGAGGGAACGCCUCGUUCGUGUGUCCAAGUUGUACGAGCGACCGGUGAACGUUACGGUGGGACCCCGGGGUCCCGAAUAAACGGAAGCCAAAAUCGUAA